AAUGAAUUCCCGAGGUCACAGUGCUAAUAAGUGGUGGCUGAGGUGUCAGCCAACCCGGGUCCCCGAAUCCCAACCGGUUGCAGGUGCAGCAGUCUGGGUCUCUAGCGCCCCUCUCUGACUAGCUUGGAAAGCGUUCGCGCCCACUGCCGAUCGGGUCGGGGUCUCUGCCCCUCCCCGGGGGAGGUGGCCCAGUGACGUCAUUGCCUCUUUAAGACCCCCCGUCUCCGCCCCCGUCCCCACACUCGGCCUACGGAUCUUUCAGGUCCUUCACGCAGCCCCUUCAACCUUGCCAUGGCCUCUGCUGGUCUGCAGAUCCUGGGAAUUGUCCUAGCUUUGCUGGGCUGGGUAAAGGCUCUGAUUUCCUGCACCCUGCCCCUGUGGAAGGUGACCGCUUUCAUCGGCAACAGCAUUGUGGUGGCCCAGGUGGUGUGGGAGGGGCUGUGGAUGUCCUGCGUGGUGCAGAGCACUGGCCAGAUGCAGUGCAAGGUGUAUGACUCGCUGCUGGCACUGCCCCAGGACCUGCAGGCUGCACGUGCCCUCUGUGUCAUCACCCUCCUUUUGGCCCUGGUUGGCCUUCUGGUCUACCUUGCUGGGGCCAAGUGCACCACCUGUGUGGAGGACCAGGAUUCCAAGGCCCGCCUGGUGCUCACUUCUGGGAUCAUCUUUGUCAUCUCAGGGGUUCUAACCUUGAUCCCAGUCUGCUGGACAGCCCACACCAUCAUCCAGGACUUCUACAACCCCCUGGUGGCUGAGGCCCAGAAGAGAGAGCUGGGGGCCUCCCUGUAUUUGGGCUGGGCAGCCUGUGGCCUUCUGAUGCUGGGUGGGGGACUGCUGUGCUGCACCUGCCCCUCUGGAGAGGCCCGGAGCUCCAGCCAUUACAUGGCCCGCUAUUCAGCAUCUGCCCCGCAUUCCCCCUCUCGGGGACCCUCUGAGUACCCCACCAAGAAUUACGUUUGAUGCUAGCAGGGGAAUGAGGCUCCAUUAACCAGGGAGCCUUGGCCCUUGAGCUGGAGCCAUUGAGAAGUGGUGAUGCCUGACAGCUUUGGGUUUGGUUCUUAUCUUGUUUUUUGCUUUUUUUUUUAAUGGGGGAGGGGAAGGUAUCUCUUUAAGAUGACCCAGACUCCCACCUGGGCUCUGCUGUUGGCAUAUUUCACCUUUGGAUAAAUUUGUGUCUGGAUUUUUCUUCACUUUGAACAACACCAUCUUGGAAGCCAAGCUGGAACUGUGGGACCAAAGUGAAGGCUGCUUGCUGCUGUGGCUUUUGGGACCACAAGAUGGCCUAUCCAGAGGAGAGCUCCCACUAUUUCUGGGGACUGGGCUUCUCUAGACUUUGAUGGACAGCCACACCCCUCCUCAUCAGGCCAGGAAGGACUCCUGAUGAGUUACCAAAGGACUGCCCACCACUUUGUCUUCUGACCUCUACCUCCUCCAUUAUUACCACGUCCUCUCCCCAAGUCUGGUCCCAGCUGUGCUGUAGACCCCACCACCCACACCUCUAACCCUGCACACAUCUGCCCAUGUCUGGCCCACACGAGAUUUUACUAAAUAAAGUAUGUUUUGUUUCUGUGC